AUGGAGAACAAUACAGAAGUGACCGAGUUCAUCCUCUUUGGACUAACCAAUGUCCCAGAACUGCAGGUCCCCCUCUUUUUAAUGUUCACCGUCAUCUACCUCAUCAGUGUGGUUGGAAACCUGGGGAUAAUCAUCUUGAUUCUCAUGGACUUUCGCCUCCAUACCCCUAUGUACCUUUUCCUUAGUAAUUUGUCUUUGGUUGACUUUUGUUCCUCUACAGCUGUCACUCCCAAGGUUAUGGCUGGGUUCCUUGUAGGAGACAAGGUCAUCUCCUACAAUGCAUGUGCUGCUCAGAUGUUCUUUUUUGUAGCCUUUGCCACUCUGGAAAAUUUCCUCUUGGCCUCAAUGGCUUAUGACCGCUAUGUAGCAGUGUGCAAACCCCUACAUUACACCAUCACCAUGACACCAGGUGUGUGUGCAUGUCUUGCCAUAGGUUCCUAUGUCUAUAGUUUUCUAACUGCCUCUGCCCACACUAUUAACACUUUCAGCCUCUCUUUCUGUAUGUCUAAUCUGGUCCAUCACUUUUUCUGUGAUAUUCCUGCAGUCAUGGCUCUUUCUUGCUCAGACAGGCAUAUUAGUGAGCAGAUUCUUAUUUUUGUGGCAAGCUUCAACAUUCUUUCUGCUCUCCUGGUUAUCUUGAUUUCCUACCUGUUCAUAUUUGUCACCAUCCUAAAGAUGCACUCAUCUUCAGGGUAUCAGAAGGCUCUGUCCACCUGUGCUUCUCACCUCACUGCAGUCUCCAUCUUCUAUGGGACUGUCAUCUUCAUGUACAUCCAGCCCAGCUCCAGCCAUUCCAUGGACACAGACAAAAUUGCCUCUGUGUUCUAUACUAUGGUCAUCCCCAUGUUGAACCCUCUGGUCUACAGCUUGAGAAACAAGGAGGUCAAAAAUGCAUUCAAGAAGUAA